GUUUUGCUUGAACGAGAUGAAGACGUCACGCCCUUUCUGUGGGCGUGGUCUAGAGUAUUGGUAUUCUUGUAUUCGGUGUGCAGUGUUUAUUUGCAGGACAGAGCGAGUGGACUGGUGUCAGCUUCACGUGCAGGACCCGAGCAUCAGUCAUCUCACGUCCGGAUAUGCCUUAAAGACCUCUGCCAACAAAAUGUUGAGCAGAAAAUCGGAAGUGUCCGGAAAUGCCGUCGUACCUGCAGCCGUGGACCGCGGCAGGGUGGCGGAGAGGCUGCGGGCGGCGUUUGCCGGGUUGCAAGAGCUGCAGCUUUUGCGGGAGAAACAGGGUGACAUGGUGCAGCGCGCGCUUCGUAUGGACUCGGACCCGGAGCCGGAGAGUGAGCGCGCGGGCAGUGAUGUGUCUUUACGCCAAAGUGACGAGGAUACAAACAGAGCCGAGGAGCAGCAGCGACUGGAGGCAACGCUCACAGCCCUCAAACAGCAACUGACCCGUCUGCGCAGGCAAGACGUUGGACUAAAAACACACCUGCAACAGCUAGACCAGCAAAUCAGUGAGCUUAAACUGGAUGCUUGUAAAGCUUCUGCUGAACACCUGGAGAGCGACAGUCGGCCGAGUUCAGGAUUUUUUGAGCUCAGUGAUGGUGGUUUGGGCUCUCUAUCGAACUCCUGCACAUCUGUCUACAGUGAAUGUCUCUCCACUUCAUCUCAAGCGAGCCUACUUCCACAGUCCAUGGGAUUCUCGGCUGUCCACAGCCGUAAUACCCAAUUGCAAGCUGAUGCUUCCCGUAGACGCUCUGCGGACGAGACUUCGGCUCAACCGGACAUUCCACGAGGCCUAGGUGUACGUCUGGGUAGCAGUGGAAUACGCACAGGUUCAAUCAGUUCUGAGAGAGCCAGACAAAGGCCAGUCUCAACAGGCGAUCUUGACAGAGUAAUCAACCCUGGUUUUGGCUGCUAUAAACCUGUUGAUGUUAAAAACUCCAUUACCCUCUCCAGUAAGUUCAGUGACCCCACUGUGGAUCCCAAAUAUCAGAGCAACCUUGUAUCCCGCAAUGGUACUGAAGUGUACUGUUACCCAAGCCCCCUCCAUGCUGUAGCCCUCCAGAGCCCUAUCUUCUCUCUCAUUGGAGAUAAGGGAGGGCCUGUGGCCACAGAUGCCCAGGAGAAACACACCAAAGUGGGAAUUUCUAAGGACACACUUCCCAAGCAAGAGCAAAGUGACCCCAAACCUGAAGGUUAUAUCGUCAAACUGCUCCAACGCAGCUCAAGUAAGAUGAGCCUGUAUAGUGAGUUGGGUGUGGGAAAAGGCCCAAUUCCAAGUAAUGUUGCUCAGGAUCAUGGGCUUUUUGGGUUCAGACUGAAGCAAGUGAAUGAUGACGAAGUGCAGGGAAUCAUCCAGCGAAAAAUUCAGUCCACUGAGAAUCCUGUGAAGGAUGGAAAGAAAUUGCCACUAAGACCUGCUGACAAAGAGCAAAUGAACCUGACUAGCAUUAGGGUGGAAGAAUGCAGACAAAUGAGUCUUGUCCACAAUUCAGAAGGUCCAAGAAAUCAAAAAUCAACUGUAGUGAUGGGUCAAGAGAAAAUGGCUGAAAGUGAGCCAAGGAAUCAGUAUGACCAGGGGAAUGGCUUUCAGGAUGCAUCAACAGUUGCAAAGGUUCCUGAGAGGAGACUUAGCUUUACCUUCCCUAAUGAGGAGAAUAAACGUAGAGCUGGAGGUUGUACUCAUACUGUUAAAUCUGAGUUUGUUUGUGCCCAGUUUGUGCCUGCAGGGUCUCAGAGGGUGAAGGUGCAUCAGGCAGACAAGAAGACAAAAGCAGUGAAACUGAGGAAGAGGGGUCAUGAGAAACCGACAAGUAAGAAGCACCAUCUGAAUCUGUCAUCUCGAGGGCAUGAAAAGGAUAAAGGAUGCAGCACUAAAGCACGUGGAGAUAGAAAUCCAAAGCAAUUUAGUGCAGAGAGCGAGUGGAUCGAUGCUCCCCUGAUGGAGCCCAAACUUCAUUCUUGCUCAGAGUCCAGUCUUUUGGGGCCUGGUAAUCCAUGUGGUUCUCACCUUCAGUCAUAUCAACAACAAAAACAUGCUUCCAAAUCCAAUAAACUCCCAAAGGCUCAGUUCUCAGACUUGGAGAACAUAUCUCAAAAGAAGAAUAGCUCUCAAAAAUGGCCCCAUGCUUCAGAGAUCCAACUUCCACUUGCUCCCCCAGUCCAAUACCAGAGGUCCAGGGAGGUACCUACUCACAGAAUCUCUCAAAAGUCAGGAAUGGUGCGAAGUUUGAGCGUGAGACCUUGUUCAGGUUACUGGGGUGGUCUUCCAUGUCCACUCCAGCCCUCUCUGUCCUCUUCUUAUUUUAGCAAGCUGAACUUGAAAUACCCCCCUGCUCCUCUGUCUACCCACUAUCUACCCAAGUGUGAGUCAGAAUACUCUGCCGAGUGUGCUUCUCUCUUCCACUCCACCAUUGUGGAGAGCAGUGAAGGAGAGCUGAGUGACUACACCACCAACCGAUUUGGUGACAGUGAGUCCAGCCAGGAGUCUCAAACUGGUUCUGACUCAAGCAGCAGCCUAUCAGUGGAUGAAGAUGAUCUGCACGAGGAAGAUGAGGAUGAAGGAGGUCUGGUGUGGGCUGAGGCUACUGUGGGUCCCACAACUAGUGGGCUUUCUGUUCAACACCUUCAUCCUGAACCAGCUUCAUGUCGCAUAAAAGCAUCCAGAGCACUGAAGAAGAAGAUCCGCCGCUUUCAGCCAGCCUCACUUAAAGUCAUGACUCUGGUAUAGUCCUCAACCUUCCUUCCACUGGUCAGAAGUUUACAGUAUUGUCACAUAGAUGGUUCAAAUACUGGAUAGUUCAUUGUGUCCAUGCAAGUUCUUGGGAAAGAGACUGAUGUUAUGCAUCUUUAUGCAAGACACUCCAUACAUCUCAUCUCAUUAUCUCUAGCCGCUUUAUCCUGUUCUACAGGGAUCUACAGGCAAGCUGGAGCCUAUCCCAGCUGACUACAGGUGAAAGGCAGGGUACACCCUGGACAAGUCGCUAGGUCAUCACAGGGCUGACACAUAGACACAGACAACCAUUCACAUUCACACGUACGGUCAAUUUAGAGUCACCAGUUAACCUAACCUGCAUGUCUUUUGGACUGUGGGGGAAACUGGAGCACCCGGAGGAAACCCACGCGGACACGAGGAGAACAUGCAAACUGCACAGAAAGGCCCUCACCGGCCACAGGGCUCAAACCCGAACCUUCUUACUGUGAGGUGACAGCGCUAACCACUACACCACCGUGCCACCCCCACUCCAUACAUAUAUAAGACAAUUCCCAUUUACCUUUUAUUUAGACUUUUAAGUGUUUAAAUGCUGUUUAUGCAUGAGCUGAUAUAACUGCUUCUAAGAUUCUACCCAUACACCAAAGACUACUCUUAUUACCCACUGAAGACAAAAAAUGAAGCAGCAAACAUACUUUCUUCUUAAAAUUAUAUUUACAACAUGUAUAUUGUUAAUAUUCUGUUUCUUUUUUCCAAAUUCACCAAAAAAGUAAACUAGUAAGAAGAUGCAUUGUAUUUUGUUUCUCAAAAGCCAUUUGUGUGUAAUUA